AGAGAGAGAGAGAGAGAGAGAGAGAGAACAACAGCUAGCUUCCAUUGAUCAAUGAUGUUUUCUUCUUAAAUCUUUUAUCCUAGAGGGAACCCAACACAUUUCCAGUCUUCCAUCCAAGUAUACUUUUGUUUUGUUUAUUUUUUUUUUCUUUCUGAGAGUUUGAAGGCAAGCCAUGGAGGUCCAGAAGAGCAACACAGAGCAUGUGAUAGUCACCAUAGACCAACCAAACCCUAAACUCAAACAGUCACCCCAACCAGACUCAAAUAUUUCAAUCCCACAACCCUUAUCAAGUGCAAAAACCCUUAGACGCCUAAACUUCUCGAAGCCUCGGUCACGGUUUGAGGAGAUUAAGUACCCUUUGCCACCACGAACAAUUCUCGAAUCGGAAGAACUCCAACACUUAAACCCAUCCAAAGAAAAUAACUCGUCCACGGAUGAAGAUGACGAUGAAGACUGGUAUGAAAAUGAAGACGAUGAAGAUGGCGACGGCAAGCACGGAAAGCACCGAAAGAGAAGGAAGAGAAAGAUAAACAAGCGAGCUGUAAUUGAGUGGACUUUGUUUCUCAUAAUAAUGACUUGCUUGGUGUGCUCCCUAACCCUAGAUUUUCUGAAAAAUAAAGUGAAAUGGGGUUUGGAGAUAUGGAAAUGGUGUCUAAUGGUCAUGGUUUUGUUUUGUGGGCGUUUAGUCUCUGGUUGGGUUGUGGGGUUUCUUGUCUUUCUCAUAGAGAGAAACUUCAUGCUUAGAGAAAAGGUACUCUACUUUGUGUUUGGUUUGAGGAAGAGUUUCCAAAAUUGUGCUUGGUUAGGCCUUGUUUUGGUUGCAUGGACGAUCAUGUUCCCUGACAAGCACAGCAAGGUCCUCAAGAAAGUCUUUCGUGCUCUUAUUGCCGUGCUAAUAGGAGCCACGAUAUGGCUGCUUAAGAUUUUGUUUGUUAAAGUCUUGGCAUCCUCGUUUCAUGUAGCUACAUUCUUUGAUCGCAUGAAAGAGAGUGUUUUCCAGCACUAUAUUUUGGAAACCCUAUCUGGGCCUCCACUAGACGAGGACGAAAGGGAGCUUCCACAUCAUCGUUUUCAGGCUUCGAAGUCGCUGCCCGCAAGGCUGAGAGACAAGUCUCAUCCAGUUUCAAGGUCUUAUAGGAGAGAAGGGUCGAGGAGGAUUGACAUGGACAAGCUUAGAAGGUUGAGCAUGACAAGAAGGGCAACGGCGUGGAGCGUGAAGAGGCUUGUAAACUACGUUAAGUCUUCGGGGUUGUCCACGAUUUCGAGAACCAUGGAUGAUUUUGGAAAUGCAGAGUCGGAGAUUACAAGUGAAUGGGAGGCCAGAAAUAGUGGUCAAAAGAUUUUCAAGAACGUUGCCAAGCCCGGUGCUAAAUACAUAGAAGAGGAAGAUUUACUACGGUUCUUGAAGAGUGAUGAAACUCACACCAUAUUUCCUCUCUUUGAAGGAGCAAUUGAAACUGGAAAAAUAACGAAGUCUUCCUUCAGAAAUUGGGUGGUGUAUGCCUAUAUUGAGCGUAAAGCAUUGGCUCACUCCUUGAAUGAUACCAAGACCGCUGUCCAACAACUUCACAAGUUGGCGAGUGCAGUCGUAACUGUAAUUAUAACCGUGGUGAGCCUUUUGGUGAUGGGUCUGGCCACAACUAAGGUGAUCUUUGUUGUUACGUCUCAACUGCUGCUUGUGGGAUUCAUGUUCCAGAACAUGUGCAAAACUAUGUUCGAGUCCAUCAUCUUUGUGUUUGUGAUGCACCCUUUCGAUGUUGGUGAUCGAUGUGUGGUGGAUGGCGUGCAGAUGAUUGUAGAAGAGAUGAACAUUUUAUCAACCGUUUUCUUAAGAUACGACAAUGAGAAAAUAUACUACCCAAAUUCUGUGCUUCUUACAAAGCCCAUUAGUAAUUUCAGAAGGAGUCCAGAUAUGGCCGACACUGUCGAUUUCACAAUUGAUGUCUCUACUCCGGUUGAUGAUGUUUCUGCACUCAAGAAGUCCAUACAAUCAUACCUUGAGAGCAAGCCGAAGUAUUGGAACCAAAAACACUCAAUCCUAGUGAAGGAGAUAGAGAAUGUGGACAAGAUGAAAAUGACGCUAUGUGUUCAACACACCAUGAACCAUCAAAAUUAUGGGGAAAAGAGUGCUCGAAGAUCAGAGCUUGUGUUCGAGUUAAAGAAAAUUUUCCAAAAUCUUGGCAUAAAGUACCAUCUUCUUCCUCAAGAAGUAAACAUACCGCAAUUCAACACAAUCAACGGGAGGUUAACCAUGGCUUCUUAAUCACUACCAUUUUCCAUCAGGGCCAUGGAAAUUUACCUGCACUUCACUAUGUUAGACAUGUUUGUCCUUUGUAUGCCUAACUUUAAUGAAUCAUACAUUGGAGAUGCAACUAAUGGGGUUUUCAAGCACUCGGAAUUUUACUAAAAAUUAUUUGCAAUCCUGACUUUUGUUUUUGCAA